CACAGGCGCGCGGCGCCAGCGCAGUUUCAUCCUCGGAGCUGCUGCGCGUGUGCGGCUAAAGGAGGACCGGAGGAGCCGCGAGCCCCAUCCGCUGCAGCCGCGAGGCUCGAACGCGCGGAGGUAACGGACAGGCGGCGGCUCGUGGACGCACCUGAACGGAGUGAGAUAUGUCAUCGACCGGUAAAGAGAGCGGGGGCUCGUACGUGGGACCGUACCGGCUGGAGAAGACACUGGGGAAGGGACAGACAGGAUUGGUCAAGCUUGGCGUCCACUGUGUAACCUGUCAGAAAGUGGCCAUAAAGAUUGUCAACCGGGAGAAGCUCAGCGAGACCGUCCUGAUGAAGAUCGCCAUCCUGAAACUCAUCGAGCACCCGCACGUUCUGAAGCUGCACGACGUCUAUGAAAACAAAAAGUACCUGUACCUGGUGCUGGAACACGUCUCUGGGGGCGAACUGUUCGACUACCUGGUGAAGAAAGGACGGCUAACGCCAAAAGAGGCCAGAAAAUUCUUCAGGCAAAUAAUGUCGGCCUUGGACUUCUGCCACAGUCAUUCCAUAUGCCACAGAGAUCUGAAGCCUGAGAACCUGCUGCUGGACGAGAAGAACAACAUCCGGAUCGCAGACUUCGGCAUGGCCUCUCUUCAGGUCGGAGACAGUCUGCUGGAAACCAGCUGCGGGUCUCCUCACUACGCAUGUCCGGAGGUCAUCAGGGGAGAGAAGUACGACGGGCGGAAAGCCGACGUCUGGAGCUGCGGGGUCAUUCUUUUCGCUCUUUUGGUGGGCGCCCUUCCCUUUGAUGACGAUAACCUGAGGAACCUUCUGGAGAAGGUGAAGCUGGGAGUGUUCCACAUGCCACACUUCAUCCCUCCGGACUGUCAGAACCUUCUUCGUGGCAUGAUUGAAGUGGAUUCGUCCAAAAGAUUAACGUUGGACCAGAUCCAGAAGCACUCCUGGUUCCUAGGCGGGAAAAACGAACCGGAGCCGGAACAACCGGUUCCCAGAAAGGUCAGCAUCCGCAGCCUCCCGUCCGCUGAAGACAUCGACCCAGACGUCCUGGACAGCAUGCACUCGCUGGGAUGCUUCAGGGACAAGAACAAACUGCUGAAAGACCUGCUGACCGAGUCCGAGAACCAAGAGAAGAUGAUCUACUUCCUGUUACUGGACCGCAAGGAGAGGUACCCCAGUCAGGAGGACCAGAACCUACCCCCCCGCAAUGACAUCGAUCCUCCAAAGAAGCGAGUGGACUCCCCCAUGCUGAACCGACACGGGAAGAGGAGACCGGAGAGGAAGUCCAUGGAAGUCCUGAGCGUCACGGACGGCGGCUCACCUGUACCUGCCAUGAGGGCAAUCGACAUGUCGCAGCACGGACAGAGGUCGCGGUCCAUAAGUGGCGCUUCUUCUGGCGUCCCCACCAGCCCCCUCAGCAGCCCCCGGGUAAAAGCCCCCUCCCCACCCCAAAGGGCACUCCGGUGCACACCCCCAAGGACAGCCCAGCGGGGACCCCGACUCCGACCCCGCCCCCGAGCCCCUCCAUUGGAGGCCUGCCCUGGAGGACUCGGCUGAACUCCAUCAGGAACAGCUUUCUGGGCUCGCCACGCUUCCAUCGCAGGAAACUGCAAGUUCCCACUCAGGAGGAGAUGUCCAGCCUGACUCCAGAGUCUUCCCCAGAACUCGCCAAAAAAUCCUGGUUUGGUAACUUCAUCAGCCUAGAGAAAGAGGAGCAGAUCUUCAUCGUGAUCAGAGACAAGCCUCUGAGCUCCAUCAAAGCCGACGUCGUUCAAGCCUUUCUAUCGAUCCCCAGCCUGAGCCACAGUGUCAUCUCUCAGACCAGUUUCCGAGCGGAGUACAAGUCCACAGCCAGUCCCACAGUCUUCCAGAAGCCGGUCAAGUUCCAGGUGGACAUCACCUACACGGAGAGCUCCGCCGCCACCAAAGAGAACGGCAUCUACUCCGUCACCUUCACUCUGCUCUCAGCACACACACACACACACA